CGCGCGUUUCCGCUUCCGCCGACGCUACUUGGUUGUUCCAGGAGUCGCUGCGUCCUUGUCCACCUGUCUGCACUAUGUCUGGUGGCCUGAAGGCGCUGCGCAGCGACUCCUACGUGGAGCUGAGCCAGUACCGGGACCAGCACUUCCGGGGUGACAAUGAAGAACAGGAAAAGUUACUGAAGAAAAGCUGUACAUUGUAUGUUGGAAAUCUUUCCUUUUACACAACUGAAGAACAAAUCUAUGAACUCUUCAGCAAAAGCGGUGACAUAAAGAAAAUCAUUAUGGGUCUGGAUAAAAUGAAAAAAACAGCAUGUGGAUUCUGUUUUGUGGAAUACUAUUCAAGAGCAGAUGCAGAAAAUGCCAUGCGGUACAUAAAUGGAACUCGUCUGGAUGACCGGAUCAUUCGCACAGAUUGGGAUGCAGGCUUUAAGGAGGGCAGGCAGUAUGGACGUGGGCGAUCUGGGGGCCAGGUACGAGAUGAGUAUCGGCAAGACUAUGAUGCUGGGAGAGGAGGCUAUGGAAAACUGGCACAAAACCAUGAUCUUGGGAAUGGAGUGGGUUUUAAAGAGCUUGAAGAUUGAGAGAAUGCUUAACAAAAACAAUCAAAGAAGCUUCCUGCAGGAGAUGUCUAUUCUAACCAAUUCUCAUAUUAAAGUGUGUUUUCAUUCCCAAAUUGUGCUUACUGAGGUUCAAGCUUUGAUAGGGAGCUGAUAGUCUCUACAGAGAGGGGAGUCUAGAGAAUUUAUUUUGCAUUUGUGAGGCAAGAGGUGAUUUCUCUCCAAUGUUGUGAGCUAUUAUUGCUCAUUUAAAACUGUUAAGUCUAGUUCAAUUUUGCCUGAUGUGAAAAAAUGUGAUUUUUUUUUCAUUUAGCAACAAAGUAUCUUCUAACUUGCAAUAGUUUGUGAAAGUUGGGGCCGAAGUGCCUAACAUGAACACGUUUUCUCAUUAAAUUCAAACUGGUUAUCUGCAUUUUUAAAAGAGCUGUAACUAGU